AUGAAAUCAACUAUGGAAUUUAUAAAGGAACCAAAAGAAUUUGAAGAUAAAACUGUAACAGAAAUAAAAUCAUGUAUUAAUUCUUCACCUGUAAUUUUAGAAAUUCAAAUGGAGGUAGAAAAAGUGAUCGAAGAAGUGCCCCCCGUACUAAUUAAUUCUUCAAGUAUAAUAAUUGGAGAAAAAACGAAAGUAAAUAUGGAUACAGAAUAUGAAACUAUUUUACUAAUUAAAUCAACAAUUGGAUCUAUAGAAGAACCAGAAAUAAGUGAAGAUAUGGCUCAAACAAAAAUAUUAUCAUGUACUGCCCCUUCCAAUGCAACUGUAAACGUCCAAACCGAUGUAGAAAAAGUUAUUGAAGAAGUAUCUAUGGCACCAAUUAAUUGCUCAGUUGAGGAAGUGGGUGGAAAAUCGUAUUUAAAUAUUCAUACAGAAAAUGAAACUUUUUUACCUUUUAAAUUGACCAUGGAAACUAUUGCAAUACCAAAAAAAGUAGAGGACAUAACAGAAACCGAAAUUUCAUCAUGUACUGAUUCCUGCAUUUUAACUGUGGACACUCAAACAGAUGAAGAGAAAAGGCUUGAUGAAGUUACGCCAGAACCAAUAAAUUCUUCAAGAGAAACUAAUAUGGAUAUUGACACUGGAAAAGAAACUAUAUUACCAAUUAAAAUAUCUACUUCUUUAGUGGAAGAUAGGAAAGCAAUAGAAGAAACUACUGAAAUUGUAUUACCAAUUGAAUCAACUAUGGAAUUCAAAAAGGAACCAAAUGUAGUAAAAGAUAUAACGGUAACCGAAAUAACACCAUGUACUGAUUCUUCAUAUGUAAUCGUAGAAACUAAAAUAGAUGUAGAAAGAGUGAUCAAUGAAGUAUCUAUGGUACCAAUUAAUUCCUUUGAUGAAAAAUUGGGUGGAAAAUCGAAAGCAAAUAUUGGUACAGUAAAUGAAACAAUAUUGCCAAUUAAAACAUCAAAUGGUUCAGUGGAAGAUAGGAAAGCAAUAGAAGGAACUACUGUAAAUAUAUUACUAAUUGAAAAAACUAUAGAAUUUGAAGAGGAAUCAAUAGUAGUAGAAGAUAUAAAUGUAACCGAAAUAACAACAUGUACUGAUUCUUCAUCUGGAAUCCUAAAAACCAAAAUCGUGGAUUCAUAUUUAGAAAAAGUAAUUGAAGAAGUGCCCACAGUGCUAAUUAAUUCUUCAUGUAAGAUAAUUGGAGAAAAAACGAAAGUUAAUAUGGAUACAGAAUAUGAAACCAUUUUACCAAUAAAAUCAACCAUAGAAUCUGUAGAAGAACCUAAUGCAGUGGAAGAUAUAAUUGAAACUGAAAUCACAUCAUGCACUGAAUCUUCAACUGAAAAUAUUAUGGAUGUUCAAUCAAAAAAAGAAAAAUAUAUGGCGAAAAAAUCUCCAGCACCAAUUAAUUCUUUAGUUGAAGAUGUUUCUGAAAAAUCGAAAGUAAAUUUUGAUACAGAAGACAAAAAAUUUUUACCAAUGGUAUCAACAAAAGAAUCUUUAGAAAAAGAGCUUGAUGAAGUUUCUCCAGAACCAAUUAAUUCUUCAGGUAAGGUAGUGGUAGAGAAAACUAAUAUGAAUAUUGAUAUCGAAAAUGAAACAAUAUUACCAAUUAAAACAUCUAUUUGUCCGGUGGAAGAUAGAAAAGCAAUAGAAAUAAUUGUAUUACCAAUUGAAUUUACUGUGGAAUUCAAAAAGGAAAAAAAAGGAAUAGUAGAAGAUAUACCUGUAACCGAAACAACACCAUGUACUGAUUCCUGCAUUUUAACUGUAGACGAUCAAACGAGUGUAGAGAAAGAGCUUGAUGAAGUUACCCUGGUAUUAUUUGAUUCUUCGGGUAAGAUAAUUGGAGAAAAAACCAAAGUGAAUAUGGAUACAGAAUAUGAAACCAUUUUACCAAGUGAAGCAUCCUAUGAGUCUAUAGAGGAACCAAAAGUAGUUGAAGAUAUUACUGAAACUGAAAUCACAUCAUGCACUGAAUCUUCAACUGAAAGUAUGAUGGAUGUUCAAACAAAUAAUGAAAAAUAUAUGGCAAAAAAAUCUCCAGCACCAAGUCAUUCUUCAGUUGAAGAAGUGGGUGGAAUAUUGAAAGUAAAUAUUGAUUCAGAAGAUGAAAAACUUUUACCAAUGAAAUUUACCAUGGAAUCUGUUGCAAUACCAAAAACAGGAGAAGGUAUAACGGAAACCGAAAUAGUAUCAUAUACUGAUUCCUGCAUUUUAACUGUAGAUGCUCAAAUAGAUGUAGAGAAAAAGCUUGAUGAAGUUACACCAGUAUUAUUUAAUUCUUCAGGUAAGAUAAUUGGAGAAAAAACAAAAGUGAGUAUGGGUACAGAAUAUGAAACCAUUUUACCAAUUGAAGCAUCCUAUGUGUCUAUAGAGGAACCAAAAGUAGUUGAAGGUAUAACUGAAACUGAAAUCGCAUCAUGCACUGAAUCUUCAACUAAAAGUAUGAUGGAUGUUCAAACAAAUAAUGAAAAAUAUAUGGCAAAAAAAUCUCUAGCACCAAUUAAUUCUUCAGUUGGAGAAGUGGAUGGAAAAUUGAAGGUAAAUAUUGAUUCAAAAGAUGAAAAACUUUUACCAAUUGUAUCAACAAAAGAAUCUAUAGAGGAAACAAAAAUUGAACCCACUGUAGUUGCUGACACUGAAAUCCUAUCAUGUAUGGAAUCUUCAACCAUAAUAAUGAACUAUCAAAAUCAUACAGAAAAAACUGUUGACAAAGUACCAAUUAAUUAUUUAAGUGAAGUUAUGGGAGAAAAUAUAAAUGUGAACAUUGUAACUGAAAAUGAAACACACUUACCAAUUGGAUCAACCAUGGAAGCUGUAGAGGAACCUAAUGUAGUUGAAGAUAUAACUGAAAUUGAAAAAAGGUUAUCUACUGGAUCAUCAUCUAUAAAAUUAGACAAUACAAUAUAUGUAGAAAAAGUGAUUGAAGAAGUUCCCUCAGUACUAAUUGAUCCUUCAGAUAAGGUAGUUGGAGAAAACCCAAAAGUGAAUAUAUAUACAGAAUAUGAAACCAAUUUAUUAAUUGAAUCAACCAUUGAAUCUAUACCAGAAUCAGAAAUAUAUGAAGAUAUAACUGAAACAGAAAUAUUAUCGUGUACUGAACCUUCCACUGGCAAUGUAGUUGCUCAAACAGAUGUAGAAAAAGUUAUUGGAGAAGUAUCUCUGACACUUAUUAAUUCCUCAGAUAAAGUAGUGGGGGAGGAAAUGAAUGUGAACAUUGAUAAUGAAAAUGAAACGUUACUACCAAUUAAUACAUCUACUAGAUAUGUAAAAGAUAAGAAAGAAAUAUAUACACUUAUCGAAACUUUAUUACCUAUAGAAUCAACCGUGGAAUCUAUAGAGGCACAAAAAGUUGAAGAUAUAACUGAACCUAAAUUCACAUCAUGUACUGAAUCUUCAACUGAAAUUAUUGACAAUCAAAAUCAAACAGAAAAAAUUGUUGACCAAAAACAUCUGGUAUUAAUUAAUUCUUCAGAUGUAGAAGUGGGAGGAAAUACAAAUGUGAACAUUGAUACAGUACCGGAAACACUUUUACCAGUUGGAUCUACUAUGCAAUCUAUAGAGGUAUCAAAAGAAGUAGAAGAUAUAAAAGAAACAGAAAAAAUACCAUAUACUGGUUCUUUCCCUAUAACCAUAGACAUUCAUACAGAUGUAGAAAAAAUUACUGACAAAAAAUCUCCGAAACUAAUUACUUCUUUUGGGGAACUAGUGCAGAAAAAUAUGAAUAUGAAUAUUAAUACAGAAAACGAAACCCUUUUACCAUAUGAAUUGACCAUUGAAUCUAUAGAGGAAUCAAAUGUAGUAGACGAUAGAACUGAAAUUGAAAUCACAUCAUAUACAGAACCAUUAACCAAAACAAUUAACUCUCAAUUUCGUGAAGAAAAAAUAAUUGACAAAGUAAAACUUAAUUCUUUAGGUGAAGUAAUGGAGGAAAAUACGAAUAUGAAAAUUGUUACAGAGAGUGAAACACUCUUAUCAAUUGGUUCAACCAAGGAAUCAAUUUUGGAACCAAAAGUAGAAGAAGAUAUAACUGUAACCACAAAAACAUCAUGUGCUGAUUUUUCCACUUUAACCGUAGAUGUUCAAACAGACGUGGAAAAAGUUAUUGAAGAAGUAUCUCCGGUACCAAUUCAUUCCUCGGGUGAAGUAGUGGGGGAAUCUACAAAGUUGUAUAUUGAUACAGAAAAUGAAAAACUUUUACAAAUUGAUCCAUCCAAUAGUUCUGUGGAAGAAAUGAAAGAAAUCGAUGAACUUAUCGAAACUUUAUCACCGAUGAAAUCAAAUAUGGAAUCUAUAAAGGUAUCAAAGAAAAUAGAAGUUAUAAAAAAAACAGAAAAAAUAUCAUUCACUGAUUCUUCCAUUUUAACCAAAGAUUUUCAAACAGACGUAGACAUAGUAAUUGAAAAAAAAUCUCCAGCACAGAUUAAUUUUUUAGUUAAUAUACUGGGGGAAAAUACGAAAGUGAAUAAUGAUAUAGAAAAUGAAACAAUUUUACCAAUUGAAUCAACCGAGGAAAUAACGGUGGAACCAAAAGUAGAAGCAGAUAUAACUGAAACCGCAAUAACAUCAUGUACUGAUUCUUCCACUGUAACCGUAGACGUUCAAACAGAUGUAGAAAAAGUUAUUGAAGAAGUAUCUCCGGUACCAAUUUAUUCCUCGGGUGAAGUAGUGGGGGAAUCUACAAAGUUGUAUAUUGAUACAGAAAAUGAAAAACUUUUACAAAUUGAUACAUCUAUAACGGCUGUAAAAGCAGUUUUAGAAGAAAAAAUGAUAGAAAACGAAUAUUUAACACCAACUUUUUCUGCAAUUUUAGAUGUGGAAAAACAAAUUAAUGUAAUUAUUGAUUCCAAAACAGAAACUCUAUUCCCAAUUGGAACUAAUACAACAUUUGUAAACGAACCAAAUGUGGUGGGGCGUGUAUCUGAAAAUGAACAUGCACCACUUAAAGAUUCUUCAAUUACAAGCAUAAAGCAGCAAAUAAAAGUUGAUACUGAAACAGAAAUUGAAACAUUACUACUAAUUGACAAUUUAACUGAAUCUAUUAAGGAACAAAUAGUUGAAAAAAUUACUGAAAAUAAAACUCCAACACUAAUUGAUUCAUUAGCAGAAAUGGUAGGUGAAGGAAAUAAAGUGAACAUUGUUACAGAUAAUCAAACACUAUUAACAAUAAAUACAUCUUCUAAAAUUGAAGAUGAUCAGAUAGUAAAAAAUGGUAUUAAAAAUGAAACUCAAACUCCAAUAGUGAAUGUUACAGAAGAACAAACGAAAGUGAACAUCGAAACGAAUAAUAAAACUAUCACACCAAUUAAUAUUUUUACCACAUCUAUAGAGGAACAGUUAAAUGUGGAAUAUUUAUGUGAAAAUGAAAACACAACACAUAUCGAUUCUGUACCUACAAUGAUUAAGAAUCAAACGAAAAUAGAUAUUGAAACAGAAAAUGAAAAUGAAAAUUUAUUAUCAAUUGAAAAUACGUCUUUUGAGGAACAGAUGGAUGAAGUGGAUAAAAUAAUACAAAAUAAUUUGUUGGUUGAUUUUUCAGCUGCAACUGAAUUAAAGGGAUAUGAAAUAUUAACUGAUACAGAAACAGAGACAUCAACAUCAAUUGAUACUUUAAAUACAACGGCGGACAGACAAACAAUGAAAGAAAAUUUUAAAGAAAUCGAAAGUAGAAUACGAAUUGAUACAUCAACAGCAUUCGAAGAAGAACAAAAAUCGGUAGAACAUAUAACUGUAAAGGAAAAUGUACUUUCAAUUGGCACUUCUACUGCGUCUGUAGAGGAAGAGAUACAAGUAGAAGAAGUUAUCAAAAAUGAAUGUGCUACAUUAAUUAGUUAUUCAACUAUACACGAUGUGGCAUCUUUAGAAGAACCAAAAGUAAUCAAAAAUGAUACUACUGCAAUGAGGUCUUCUGUUACAGUCGUGGAAGAACAAAAAGAAGUAGCAGCAACUGAGGUAGUAAUUGACACUUGCAAAAAAUCUUUAGACAAAACCAUGAUCGAAAAAGGUACACGUCAUAAUGAAACUCUGAAACCAAUUGAUACUUUAGUUAUAGCAGCUGAUGAACACACAGACCUAAAAAAAGUGGCGGAAAAUGAAAUGCCAAUACUAUUAAAUACUUCUACGAAAUCUGUAGAAAAACAGAUUACAACAGAAAAAGUCACAGAAAACGAAACAAUCACAAUAAUUACUUGUGAAGCUCUGCCUAAAAUAGAAACGAAUGAGUUUGAAGCAGAGAGUGAAAAUGAAGCUUCAACACUGGUUAAUAAUUCAGCCUCGAUCACAAUAAAACAAACUGAGGCAGAAGAUAUAACUGAAACAGCAUUACAAAAUGAUGACAUCAUUUAUAGAAAUACUAAAACGAAUUUGAUUGGUACACAAAAUAAAACAGAAAAUUCAGAUAAUCCUAAUGAUUGUUAUUUAAAAUUUGGAGAAUCGUCUAAAAUGCAUCGUUUGGAUUAUGAAGAUAAUUUACAGAGAAAAUCGUACGGCAUUCAAAAAUUGGAAAUGUCCGUUCAACGUAUGAAAACUUCUGAUGAGGAUUAUUAUGAAAAAACUUUUGUACAGUUGGAACAAACUGAAAAAAUUUCUAAAGUGGAUAAAGUUAAUGUUGAUGGUGAAAAUAAAACUAUUAUUGACGACAAAUUAUAUACAGUCAACGAAUCUGACUUAAACUCAAUAUUGUGUGCAUCUUCUCUUGAAGAAGCACUUACCUUGUUGGACUCAAAGAUAAAGUUCAAAUUUAAACAUAAGAAGUCAUCUAGUAAAAUUAACUCUAUGGAAUAUAUUCCGAAAAUUCAAACAUCUGACAGUAAUAGUAGUGGUGUAAACACAAACUUUACAGACGCACGAAAAUUCUUUAAGGAAAUUGAAAAGAAAUCUAAAAAAUAA